AUGCCUUACUGCGAGGUGGACCGGUACCAGGCCGGCGACAAGUGGGAGGGCGUCCGCCUCUUCUACCGCCGCUACGGCCGCGGCGCCACCAAGGUGCUCCUCGUCAUCGGUUUGGCGGGGACGCACGACUCGUGGGGCCCGCAGAUAAGGGGGCUGACCGGGUCCAUGGAGCCGGCCGACGGCGGCGACGAGCCCGAGCCCGCCGCGCGGACGGACGAGGAGGCCGGCGCCCCCGCCGACGCGCCGGCGACGGCGACGGCGACGGAGGAGGAGGACGUCGGCGAGGGCAUCGAGGUCUGCUGCUUCGACAACCGCGGCGUCGGCCGCAGCACCAUCCCCCCGCACAAAUCCUACUACUCGACAUCGAUCAUGGCGAGGGACGCUCUGGCCUUGAUGGACCAUCUGGGGUGGAAGAAGGCCCACGUCUUCGGCCACUCCAUGGGUGCGAUGAUCUCCUGCAAGCUCGCGGCGUUGGCGCCUCACCGGCUGUCCUCGCUGGCGUUGCUGAACGUCACCGGCGGUGGGAUGGAGUGUUUCCCCAAGGUAGAUGCACAGAUGCUAUCUCUCGCGUUCCGGUUCUUAAGGGCGAGAACACCGGAGCAAAGAGCUCUAGUCGACUUGGAAACCCACUAUACCAAGGAAUACCUCGACGAGGAAGUUGAAUCCUGCACAAGGAGAGCGAUCCUAUAUAAGGAAUAUGUGAAAGGCAUAUCAUCUUCAGGGAUGCAAUCUAAUUGCGGGUUUGAAGGUCAAAUUAACGCAUGCUGGACUCACAAAGUGACAACUAAAGAGCUAGAUACAAUACGUGCUGCUGGUUUCCUAGUUUCAGUUAUUCAUGGAAGACAUGAUAUUAUUGCGCAAGUAUGUCAUGCGAGGCGGCUUGCACAAAGGCUUCUUCCUGUUGCUAGAAUGGUAGAUCUUCAUGGUGCACAUCUAGUCAGCCAUGAAAGACCACAAGAGGUCAACAACGCGCUGAUGGACCUGAUAAAGGCCACCAAGUCGGCGACGGCGCCGCAUGAGUGGUCGUCCCAGCCAGAAAACACAUCAGAAACCGGUGCCCUUAUUUCUGCAAGGCCUGUAACCCUCACGAUACGAACAGGCGAAGCUGGCAACGCCGCCGUAGCAGUGUAUAACCUACUUGCAAAGUUGCAACUAAGCUUUCUUUAUGUCAUAGGCCUGAUAGUGAUGGCGUUUGAGCAUGUGAGGAACAUUGUAAGAGUAACGAAGCCUGUGAGGGUCGCGGCGAUCGAGUCAUCCGUGGAGAUGAGACGGAUUUAG